UUUCUGAACGUUAGAUACACAAUUUUUAUCCGUACGAAUUGAAAAGCCACCUUUAACAAUUCGUUAAACAAGAAGUCCUAGUCCAAUGUAACUACGUACGAUAAAUUAUGCGCAUUUAUCUUGGGACCAAAAUAUUUUCGAAUUGCUUGAUGCUUCGUGGGGGACGGCCGAGAAACGAAUCUAAUUGAAUGCUUCCAGUUCUGUUUAAUUCAUCAUUGCUAUUUAUGAUAGGACUUACAUGAAACAAGUAUUGCGUGUUUAUUACGCAUUAGAAAUUGUUCGUUUACGUUGUGUAUGGACAAAGAAAAUACUGUUGUAUAAAGAAAUGAUAACUCCUUCCGAUUUGAUGAAGCGCGUGGGCGAGAGCGGGAAGCUGGUGCCGUUCUUCAAGGCUGUGGGUGUUUAUUUCACCGUGGGUUGCGGCGCACCGUCGGCGUCCGCGGCGGCGCUGAAAUGCGCGCCCGUGGUGUGCCUGCUGGCGUGCGUGGCGACGACGCGGCGCGGGGCGCACGCGAGGCGGGUGGCGGCCGGGCUGGCACUGUCUGCGGCCGGGGACGCGCUGCUCGUGUGGCCGCAUCUGUUCGUGGCCGGCAUGGCUGCCUUCGCGGCCGCCCACCUCGCCUACAUAUCCGCCUUCGGGCUGCGCCCGCUGUGCGUGCGCGGCGCCCUGUUGGCCUACGGCGCCACGGCGUUAUUCUUGCGUGCGCUGACACCGCCGCCGCCUCUGCGCGCUCUCGUUCCGGCCUACGCGGCACUCCUGGCCACGAUGGCGUGGCGCGGCGCAGCCACACCGGGCCCGCAGCGCUACGGGGCGCUGCUGUUCCUGCUGUCCGACGCCAUCCUCGGAUACGGCCUGUUCGGCGGGUCGGUGCCCUACGAGAAGGUGCUGGUGAUGACGAGCUACUACUCGGGGCAACUGGGCAUCGCCCUGAGCGCUCUGCGGCGUCCUCCCGGCGCACGGCACUAGUGAUGAAUUCGUGCAGCCUCCUGACUGCGAUCUUAUGGAGUAGACGAGCUGUGAUUCAUUUAGGUAUUUAGAGAGUAAAACGGAGCCAAAGUUCAGAUCAAUCGAGGUGUUCGGUACUUUAAACCGUUAGUCAAUAAGACUGAAAGCGAUAGCCUAUUUGUCGUACAAUAUUUACAUAGUUUUGUAUUUUGUAAAAAUCGGUUUAUAACUUGUUUACAUUCCAAUUUUAAUGAUUUCUAAAAUCUAUUUUGUCAACGUACUUAUAUAAUGUUAUAUACUGUGUAAGGAUGAAAGAAUAGAAAUCAGGAAAGCGCAAAUCGAGCGCAGUAAUACAUAUCUGUAAUUGAGAUGAUAUUCUGUAAGUGUAGAUUGUAGUGUAGAUCAGCCGAGAGUUCGCCUUUCUUGACGUGUUUCAGGAGAGGUCGAAUCGAUUAGUUCCUAAGUGUUACAAUCUUCCAUAUUUUUAUUAGUUUUAUCAAUAAACCGUAUCCACGAA